AUGGAAGACGUAGAAUUCGUUUCACAGGCAACUUUCGGAGGUGAAGCCGCAGGGGAGCGGGGCUCAGAGAGCCCACCGGAAAUGCGAGGGGAUGCAGGUACGAACUCGGCGGGGGAUCCAGCCAGCGCUGCACAAAGGGCGGAGGCCGAGCCAUUACAACCUGUGCGUGAGCCGCAAGGUCAACCACUGCGUGAAGCGCACGAGCACAACGCAGCGUCUGAAAGUCGCGAAGAGACACAAAACAUCCCCGCGCCCACUCCCACCACGCUAGACGAAAUGCUUGCAGCAAUUUUCAAAUUGAUGCAAGAACAAAGUAGGAAAGCUGAUGAACAAAGUAGAAAAAUUGAUGAACAGAGCAGGAAAACUAAGGAACAAUCAGAAAAGUUAAAUAGGAAACUUGACAAUAAAGAUCAGGCUGUAAGAAGGUUAAAUAAACGAUUUGACGAACAGGAAAAGAAAUUACAAGGGCAGUCACUUAAGCUAGAACAACUAGAAAAACGCGUAGGUACGUUAGCGGCAAAAAAUAAAAAGAGCAACGAAGAUGUGCAGACCGAAAUUGGCCAGGUACGCAAAGAUUUUGACAAGUCCUGA